AUGCAGACGAGGGCAGUCGCAACCAAUAUACUACAACUGGUGGUCAUCCAGCAGAUGGGCUUGGAGACAAAGAUCAACAAAUCAGCAAGAUCGCUGACCGGCUUUAAUGGCGCAACAACGAUUACCAUAGGCACGAUAGACCUCGACGUCUACACCCCACCUGUAGUCAGCUUUGCUAACAUUCAUGGUCAUUGA